AUGACUGCUGUGAAGGAAAAAGGUUCCCAGUUUCAAUCACGUUUACCUUUUCCAAAGCACCUGAGGGGGCUCAGAGAUGAAGAACUAGAAGCAGAGUCAGGAAUUCCUGGUCUUGUCUUUGUCCACGCAACGGGAUUUACUUGUGCAGGAAAGACAAGGGACUCAGUUCUUAGGCUAUUUGACCUAGCCCUGGAAGAAUAA